CCAGAUUAACCCCAUCAUUCACUUCCAUCCUGGACUGAGGGAUCUUUGGAUGCCAAGACUUAACACACAGGCUUCUGAAUGAAUGAGUGGGUGGGCCAUGACGUCAAUGUGGUGGGACCUUUACAGAUCCCACCCAGUGAUGCAUUCCCCCUAUCAGAGAGCUCACACUUUUUUGAUAUUCUGGCAGAGCAGAACAGUCCAUUGCUACAGGACCAGGAGGUCAUGCCCUUCACCAGCUAUCCCAGCAUGCAGUACACCUCGGUGGAGCCCUCCAUGUCAUCACCAUCAUACUACUCCAGUCAGCACUGCUACCCACAGUACUGUGGGGAGGAGUGGUACUCUCCAUCCACCGUGUUUGAGAUGAGGAAAGGACCGUUGGAGGGAGGCUUUGAUAAUGAGCUGGACGAGUCUUGCCCUGUUGUCCCGACUGUGUGUAAAAGAUCCAGACACGCAGCCCACUCCGGAAGGAGCAAAGGCGAGGAACUGUGUGUGGUCUGUGGAGAUAAAGCAUCAGGGUAUCACUACAAUGCACUCACAUGUGAAGGAUGUAAAGGUUUCUUCAGAAGGAGUAUUACAAAGAAGGCUGUAUACAAAUGUAAGAGUGGAGGAAACUGUGAGAUGGACAUGUACAUGCGCAGGAAAUGCCAAGAGUGUCGACUCAGAAAGUGCAAAGAGAUGGGCAUGCUGGCAGAAUGCUUAUUAACUGAAAUCCAGUGCAAAUCCAAAAGGCUGAGGAAAAACACAAAAGCCUCAUCUGACGAAAGUAUAGGGGAUGAUGUUGGUGAUAGUAGAGAUGCUAAACAAAUUGUAUCUACCACUAAACCCUUCAAGGAGAAUAUAGAACUGAGCCAAGACCAACAGGCUUUAAUAAGUUAUAUAGUUGAUGCUCACAACAAACAUCGCAUCCCUCAGGAUAUGGCGAAAAAACUGCUACAAGAGCAAUUUAACGCAGAAGAAAACUUCCUUCUACUGACCGAAAUGGCAACUAGUCAUGUUCAAGUGCUGGUUGAGUUCACUAAAAAUAUACCAGGUUUUCAAUCUCUGGAUCAUGAAGAUCAGAUCGCUUUAUUAAAAGGUUCCGCUGUAGAAGCAAUGUUCCUGCGCUCAGCCCAGGUUUUCUCCAAGAAACUGCCCAACGGACACACAGAGGUACUAGAGGACAGGAUCAGAAGGAGUGGCAUAUCUGAAGAGUUUAUCACACCCAUGUUUAACUUCUAUAAAAGCAUCGGGGAGCUGCAGAUGAUGCUAGAGGAACAUGCUCUUCUUACUGCUAUCACAAUCCUCUCACCAGACAGACCAUACGUAAAGGACCAGCAGGCAGUGGAGCGUCUGCAGGAGCCCAUGUUGGAGGUGCUGAGGAAGGUCUGUAAACUACAGCACCCCCACGAGCCCCAGCACUUCGCACGGCUUCUCGGUCGUCUGACUGAGCUUCGUACCCUCAACCACCAUCACGCAGAAAUGCUGGAGUCAUGGCGCAUGAGCGACCACAAGUUCACCCCCCUCCUCUGUGAGAUCUGGGACGUUCAGUGACUUAAGUGACUCUUCCACGUCCAGUGGAAGAGAAAAUGAGCAAAAAAUGGGCGGUUGAAGAGAAAUGCUAUAGACUUUUACUAAGCUGGCAAAGAGAGGAGUUUACACACUUUUCAGAGAAGUGGACUGUUAAAGUAUGUAAUGUAAAUGUAAUAUAUUGUCAAACUUCAAAUAAAACAGGAAAUAAGAAGAUUUUAAGACAUUAUCAGCUCUUCAAGAAAAGAUUGAUGUACACAUUUUGACAUUCUAAUGCCUUUGUAAAUGUUUACCUGGCCUUUGCAACUUGGCACCUUGUUUGUUUAAAAUCUGCUUUCCUUUAUCAGAGGACUUUGUGACUUUUUACAUUUUAUGUGUGUUUGUAUUUUGUGUAAUUCAUCUAAAUAUUUUAAGGUUCUCAAAAUCUGUACUGCCUUUUCACUUUUCGAGAAUUAUGUAACCAUUCUUCUUCUGUGCCCAAAUA